GUUCGACACUAAUUACAUCAUUACAUGGGCUCAGCGGGCACGAGGGAGAAGGGUUUGGCGAACGUGAGGCGCUGUUAGCUGCAGCUGCAGCUCUGACGUCCGUGUGCACGCAGAUGACAUGUAGACGUCUGCAGGCUGAGCUGGAGGUUUUAGUGAACACAUAAAUAAGUAGAUACACCACAAUCAGGACGUGGGUGCACAUAGUCAUCCCGAGACCUGAUAAAGUCCGUGGAAUGCACGCUGCGAACUAGAAGCGUUAAGGCAGGAGGUGACGUUCACGCUCUCUCAGGUGCGCGCGGCGUGAACUGGUUAAAUGACCUCCUGCGGGGCUUCGGUAAAGCCCAAAGGACCUAAUGUCGUUCUUGGACUGCUCCUGCAUCUCCUCUCACACUCAGGUCCAGCCAAUCAAUAUUGAGGACCAGUAUGAGGACAUCAGCCAGCUGUACCCGAGCAGUGACGGCUCCCCCCACUCAGCCCUGGGGCCAGAGGAUGACCUCGUGGGUUUGUCUGCUGAGCCAUCAGACUAUCAGCUGCUCUCAGUUCUGGGAUGGGGCUUUAAUAACCUGAGUCUGGUCAGAACGGCUCGUCACAAGCCCUCAGGCCGACUGGUGGCCGUGAAGAACACGAACCUGGACGAGUGUACAGAAGAGGAACUGCUGCAGCUCAUGAACGAGGUGCUCUUGUCUAGACGGUUCCGUCACCCAAACCUCCUCACGUCCACCACCGUGUUCUGUUUCCACUACCAGCUCUGGGUUCUCGCCCCUCUGAUGAGCUACGGUUCUGCAGACUUCCUGCUCAGGUCAUAUUUCCCUGAUGGGAUGAGCGAGUCUCUGAUUGCGUACCUGCUGUAUGGAGUCCUGAAGGCUCUCAACUACCUGCACCAGAUGGGCUACGUGCACAGGGGUGUGAAGGCAAGUCAUGUGCUUUUGUCGGCUGAGGGACGAGUGUGUUUGUCGGGACUCCAUGGUGUGUACAGUCUGAUGAAGGAUGGCAGGAGAACGAGGGCUGUGUUUGACAUGCCACAGUUCAACCCGUCACUCCUACCAUGGCUUAGCCCAGAGCUGCUGAGACAGGACCUACAUGGCUACGGCGUGAAGUCUGAUGUCUACAGUGUGGGAGUUCUCCUGUGUGAGCUGGUCAGGGGCAGGGUACCAUUCCAAGACAUGCCUCCUACACUGAUGCUGCUACAGAAAUUGCGUGGUUCUCACAGUUGUCUGCUCGACGUCGUCCCCUACCCGCUGGGUGAGCUUGGCACCCUGAAGGUGUCCCGCUCUGGCGUGGACUCGGGUAUCGGCGAGAGUGUAGCAGCGAGCAGUCUGACGCGAGCAGCCACUGCGGAGCCCCAGAGCCCAGGGCCCAAGAACCACUCCCCAACACUGCACCAUCUACUGCAGCUCUGCCUGCAACACCAGCCUGAGCGCAGGCCCUCUGCUUCAGGUCUCCUCAGACACCCUUUCUUUAAGCAGGUAAAGAAGUACACCCAGGAUUCUUUCCUCACUCUGAUGUACCCUGCAGUGCCUCUCUCCUACCCCCUGGACAGUCCGAUUUCUGACCCGCCCACCCACGCCUGCAACACCCCCAGCACAGCUACCCCUGAGCCCGCAGAGGGCGUGUGGGACUUUUCCUGAUACACACACAUUCUCUGUCUGUCUGUCUGUCUUUCUCUCUCUCUCUGGCGUCUCCUGUCUCUAUCAUCUCCCCAGCCAGACUGAUAUUCCCAGCUCAGUCCUGCCCUGCCGGGUUUUAUGUCUGACUCCGAACUUUCUUACUACUCGUAUCGGGCAACUGCAGGAUGCUGAAGGGCUUUUGGACCAUGGAGCAUCAGGGAAGAUCUCCGUGCUAUGAUUGGAUGUUGAUCUGUGUUUAGAAGCCUCAGUAGCCAAUGACUUCAACUCCAUGGUGGAUCAAACCAUCGUCAUAGUUACUGGAAUCAAAAAAACUGAGCCAUGAAUCCUGGGAAGGGGUGGGGGCAAGAGAGAAAAGUGUGUGUGUGUGUGUCUGAACCCUGUGAAGGAAAACAAAGCAGUUCAUCAACGCUGUGCUGUACAUUCACCCAGCAGCUGCCUGAGACCUCCGCCCUGACCUCUCACCUCCGAUUCUCACCUCUUUCCCCUGGUGUCUGGGGGAUUUUAAUGAAGCCCUUUUAAUGUUGAAUUAAUCAGUUUAACUGUGAUGCACUUUGUUGCCAUGGUAGCUCUAUGAGCCAAUUCCAUGUACCAUAAAUAAACACAUUCCCUAAUUUCUUAACUAAA